AUGAAAUCAUUAAUUAAUUAUCCAUCGGAUUGUUUAAAAUCAUUAACAAAUGAAGAAAUUAUGGUAUAUAAUUUUCGUGCAUAUAUAUCACCUUUACUUGCAUUUAUUGGUAUACCAGCAAAUAUUUUUGUAAUUAUUAUAUUUAAUUUAUUAGAAAAACAACAAACAUGUCGAUUUAAUUUAUAUGCAAUAUGGAUGGCAUUAGCACAUUUAAUACAAUUAAUUGUAAAUACAUUAAUUGAUGAUUUUUUAGGUCGUGGUUUAAAAUGGGCAACUAAUUGUUAUAUUUGGUAUCAAGUUGAUUCAUAUUCAUCAUUUACAUGUAAAUUAUUAACAUAUUUAUCUGAUGUAUCUGCAUUAAUUGCAUCAUUUAUACUUAUGUUAUUUAGUAUAGAUCGUGUAUGUUCAAUAUAUUGUGCUAAACAAAUUGAACAAAUAUUAGAUUUACGUAUAGCUAAAUUAUGUAUAUUUAUAAUUUAUAUAAUUUGUUUUCUAUUAAAUAUACCACAUUUAAUUUAUGCUGAUUUAAAAGAUGAUUCAAUAGAAAAAUCUAAUUGUCAAUAUAUUGAUCCAAUAGCUGGUGGAGUAAAAUAUGUAUUAUAUUUAUAUAUUAUUGGUGUUACAAUAUUACCGGCUAUUUUAAUUUUUAUAAUGAAUAUUUUAAUAUCAUGUAAAUUAAAAUCAACUAUAAAACGUUCAAAAUUAAAUGGUUAUUAUGAUAAACAAUCAUAUAGUGAAUUAAGUAAAGUGAUUACUCAUUUAGCUAUAAGUAUUAUGUUUACUUGUUUAUCAAUUCCAUUAGUUGCAUUAAUGAUAUUACGACAAAAAGUACAUUUUAAUAAUUAUGAAUUAAUUUAUCCAAUUUAUGCAUAUAAAAUUAUACAAUUAUCAAAAUUAUUUAGUUCUGUUGAUUCAUUUAAUCAUGCAUUUGAUUUUUUUUUAUAUUGGGCAUUUUUACCAGUAUUUAGACAAACAUUAUAUAAAUUAAUUACAAAUAUCUGUUCAAAAAUAUUAUGUAAUUGUAAUAAAAAGAGAAGAAUUAAUCAUAAUGAUAAUAAUAAUAUCAAUAAUAUGAAUAUUGGUACAAACAGUAAUGCUAAUAUUAUAGUAAAUAAUAAUCGUAAUCAUAGAUUCAUCAACAGUCAGAAUAACAAUAUUACUAAUAACAAUAAUAAUAAUAAUAAUCAUUAUAACUAUGAUUUAUCUGACUUACCUUGUUACUCAUACUUGGACUUUCCUCUAGGAUAUAUUGAUUUUUCUCAUUGCAGUGGUCGUUGCUCUCCUCAUAGUCUUUAUUAUUAUCAACAUUAUCGUACUCACCGUCAUCGUCGUCAUCAUCAUCAUCAUUACCAGUAUCAUCAACCCCAUGAUCAAUAUUACCAGAAACGUCAACAAAAAUCUUAUCAAUUGGAAUAUAGUAAACAAUUAAGUUUUCAUUGUAAGGAAGAACUUCAUGACAAACAUUUCCAAAAUGAACAACAAUAUCAAACAAAAAUAUCUAGAUAAUCUUAUAUUCUUGUGUUAAUUAACAGAUAUAGAUACAUAGAUGCACAUACAUCCUUCAUUUUGAUUUAUCACACAGAUUGUUUUCCUCAUUGUGACUGUAUUUCAUAGCAAUUAACUCUGUAUUACCUAUAUGUGGUACGGUGAAUUGAUGUAAUGAAGAAAAAAAGAUGUUUCGUUCUUUAUUUUUCCUCUAAUGGAUCAAAUCAAAUCUUAUCGUACAUUGU